AUGGAUAGACGAGAAGAAGAAGAAGAAGAAACUGGAUAUGGUGAGAAGGGAACAAGAAAUCAAUCUAAAGAAGACGAGAGCCGUCUUGGUAAGAUUUUCGAGCUGAUACCUCUUGAUAUGAUUCCUGAUAUACUCUUGAGACUGCCCGCUAAAUCUGCUGUGAGGUUCCGUAUCGUCUCGAAGCUAUGGUUAUCCAUCACCACUCGUCCAUAUUUCAUCAGGUCGUUCGCGUUUCCUUCUUCAACUCGGCUUUGUCUUAUGGCCUGCGUCAAAGCAAGAGACAUGCGUUUAUUUAUCUCACUGCACCAACAUGAUGACGGAUCUUACGCUCAUGUGGACCGUUGUGAGAUAAAAUCCCCUAAACAUGAUUAUUACAAUCCGAGUUCCGAAUCUGUCAACGGUUUGGUGUGUUUCGGAGACUUUUACAAUAUCGUAGUUUGGAAUCCUUCAAUGAGACAACAUGUUACAUUACCCGAACCUAAACCACACAGUACUGUCAGGUACUUUAUACGUAGCUGUUUAGGAUACGAUCCGGUCGAGGAUAAGUAUAAAGUAUUGUCCAUCUCAGGCUACCACAAUGGCAACCACGAUCCUCUCGUUUUUACAUUGGGACCUCAAGAAUCAUGGAGAGUGAUCCAAAAUAGCCCUUUAGAUAUCCCUCUACCAACCGGAGGAUCACGAGUAGGUACAUGCAUCAACGGGCACGUGUACUAUGAAGCGCAGAUACGUUUUAAAGUAGAUGAUAUUUUUAAUUUUGAAAAUAUCCUUAUGAGCUUCGAUGUGAGGUACGAAAAGUUCAACACAAUAAAAAAACCAGCUGAUCCUACACUUCGAAACUUCAUGCUCAACUACCAAGGAAAAUUAGCAUGGUUUUGCUCCGAUUAUUCUUCUAUAAGGUUUUGGGUUUUAGAUGAUGGAGACAAACAAGAAUGGUCGCUCAAAAACUUUAUUUUGCCUUUUCCAAUCUCUCCUGAAAUUGACCCCAUCUUUGAAUGUAGAGUGAUGCUGACUGGUGUUACUCAUGAUACUGGUGAGUUCAUUUUUAUUAAUGCGACAAUGUGUGAUGCAUUUUGUGUUUUAUAUUAUGAUCCAAAGAGUGGGAGUGAAAGGAGGAUCGAGUAUGAAGGGAUUGGAGACAGAGAAUUCUGUAUUAAUACUGGAAUUUUGGAGUGCAAACGUUUCACUAUUGAUUGGUUUCCCAAUCAUAAUGAGAGUCUCAUGUCUUUGGUUAAUGUCCUUAAAAAGGCCGAUUAG